GCAAAAUAGACGUGAUCGUACCGCGGCAAUUCACGGACUUCUCGCCAGUCUUUCGACUUUGCGGUGUUUAUUUGUUUGGCGCCAACGAAUUUGAACUUUUUUAGUUUUUUCUGAAGUGAAUUAUUGUGGUGCAUUUUGAGGACUUUUGAUAUGAGGGCAUACCAAUGUCGGCUAGAUUUGGAUUGAACGUUUUGCUUGUCGAUGAACAUUUUCUGUCAUAAAAAGAUGUCCUAAAAUGGCAACGUGCAUGAAAAUGGCAACCCCACAAGUAAUAUCAAUUGCGACACCUUUAAAAGAACCCAUUCUUGGAGCAUCAGUGACUACAAAAGGACUCACUAAUCAUCCUGGACAGAAUAAUUGUUUUUUGAAUAGCUCCGUACAGGGUGAAACUAUUAUCGAUAGUGCUGGUAGUGAGAAAAAGUGCGAUAAUGACACGUUAACUAGAAAGGAUAAAAGCAUUGUGUUUUCUAGUACUUUGGAUACUCAAUUGAAGAUGAAGUUAAGACAAUUAUUCUCUGAACUCCAACAUAGUUCAGCCAAAGCUCUACCACCGGAUUCUUUGAGAAAAGCUCUAGCCGAUUCAUUUCUGGAUCAGCAAAGGUUCCAGGUCGGAUUCAUGGACGAUGCAGCUGAAUGUUUUGAAAACAUGCUCCUCCGAAUUCAUGACCAUGUCGCCCAUAAAGAACCAGAAGACGCCUGCUCAGCUCCCCAUUGUAUUUCGCAUCAAAAAUUCGCCAUGACCCUAUUGGAACAAUCGAUUUGCAACAAUUGUGGUGCCACAACUGAACCGCUGAACUUUACUCAGAUGGUCCAAUACGUAUCCACUUCUACUCUCGUCCAUCAACUCCGCGUAAGCAUUGGCCAAACUGGACGACCGGACACUUUUGGCAGACUGCUUCAAAAAGCUAGCAAUAUGGGCGACACAAGACAAUGUCCUGCUUCUUGUGGAUCAGUAACCCAAAUGUGUCGGGUCCUGAUGAACCAUCCAGAAAUAGUUUCCAUUGGCCUAGCUUGGAGUUCAGAAAAACCCACUCUCGAACACAUAAUGGAAGUUUUUUCUUGCAUCGACACUACUUUAAAACUAAAUCACGUUUUCAAUAAUGUAACUGAUACUAGAUGGGCUGAAACUAGUACUCAUAAUUUAGUAGGUGUAGUGACUUACUAUGGUAAACAUUACUCGACAUUUUUCUUCCAUACAAAGCUAAUGGAAUGGAUAUUUUUGGACGAUGCCACAGUUCGCACUGUUGGCCCUCGCUGGGAGCAAGUUGUAGAGAAAUGUCAUCGAGGCAAAUUUCAGCCACUUUUGUUAUUAUAUGCAAACCCCAAUGGUACCCCAGUUAACCUGGAUUACGCUCCAAAACUUAAUACAUCACUCAAAACUACUCAGCAACAAUUAUUGAGACGAUCAGUAACUCCCAGUCCAGAAAAACCUACUAUUAACUCAACCAGACGAGCCAUAACACCAAAUCCUGAAAGCUCACAAUUAAAUCAAAAACCUCCACUUCCAAGACCUUACAAUGAAUAUCAAAACCUAUCCGUUAUCCAAAAAAAUAUAUCCAACAUACAACAAGGUUGUGAUCAAGUUGAUGGUGAAUAUAUUUCUAAAAAACCUCAAGUCAAUAUUCACAGAACGUUAAGCAAUGGGUCUUCCUCUGGAGUAGAAUCUGGAGUGUGCAUUCCUGACCACAUGAAUGUGCCACGAAGACGAGAUAGUGGCAACUGGAGCGGCGACAGAAACAGUGCUUCAUCAGCUUCGUCAACAACAAUGGAAAAUCCUUAUUUGUAUUUAGUUGGCAAACUACCACCAGGAAGUCCUACCAGAACUGAUGCUGGAUACGAUUCUUACUCAAUAUCAUCAAAUGAGAGCACAAACAUGACUACAUUACAACACAUGAUGAAAAGUGGACAUUUAGCACAAAUACCUGAGGACUAUAGCAAUAUUUCCAAUAAAACCAUCAAUCAAAAUUGCGAUGUGCUUUGCGAUGAAGCUGAUGAACUUCUAGUAAAAUCCAGACAACUUGAAGAUGCUCAUGAUUUAGUUUUGGCAUUAGCUCUAUGCAAUGCUGCUGCUACAAAAGCUAGAGCUGCCAUGAAUGCUCCUUAUAACAACCCACAAACACUAACUUUAGCUAGAAUGAAACAUAAUACUUGCAUAAUGAGGGCUAGAAGCUUGCAUCGUAGAAUGACUCAAACGCAAAACCUAAAUAAGGAAAAUUCACCGGAAAUAAGACAUACGCGGGAAGGCAGUAGUGGGAGUGGUCGUCAUUCGCGUCAAAAUUCUAGAGAAAAGGGACAGCAUUCUAGACAAAAUAGCAGAGAGUUGCUUUUGCAGCAAGAAAAAGAAAUGCUAAAACCUACAAAGAGCAUUGAAAUUUAUGCUACAUUGCCCAAGAGAAAGGAUGCCUUGAAAGCAAUUAAAAUUGAAGAUGAAGAGUAUAUGCUGUACAGUACAAAACCUUUGGAAAAAGAUGCUAGAGAAUCAAGAUCAAUAUUUUCAAGAGCGAAAAAUAAUAUUAAAUUCAAAGAAAAACGUUCUAGAAGUGAGGACAGGAACAAAAUAAGCCGCAGCGAUUUUUCAAUAGCUCCAGAAAUAUCUGCUGCCAAAGAUACUCUGAAGAAAGCUAAAGAAAAUAAAGAAAAAGAAAAGGAAAAAGAUAAUAAAGAUGGCAAAAAGAAGCAACAUAAAAUUCGAAGAAAACUAUUAAUGGGUGGUUUGAUUCGUCGCAAAAACAGAAGCAUGCCUGAUUUGACAGAUUCUAAUGCAGAAGAGGCUCAACCUCCUGUGAAUGAUUCUAGAGAAAGUCCCACCGAGAUAAUAAAUCCUGGAAUGAGUGGCUAUCUUUCAGAAGGCCAUCUGGAAUUCAGUGCUGUAACAUCAGCCAAUCCAAAUUUGGAACGCAGCAAGCUGAUGCGAAAAAGCUUUCAUGGUAGUGCUGGAAAAAUUCUCACUGCUGCUAAAGUGCCUCCACCUCCUCCAUUGAGGACUACUUCCCAACUUAGCAGGUCUAAGUCGAAUGUGUCAGAAGUAUCCAACAUUUAUGGAGAUUCCAAUAUUUAUCAUAAUUUAGCCCCAUUCAAUCAAUCCUUGGAAGAACAAUCUUCAAUGUCUUUGCCAUAUUACGGAAACUCGAAUAAUAGUUCCUAUGAUGACGAGUUGGUUAAUCAGUCAUCAAAUACUGUAGUCACGCAAGCGGAAGUGCAUCAUGAUCAUAGUGGAUUUGAUGAAGUCGAUUGUCUACCUGCACAUGCUCGUUCCACAGUAUUAGCAGAUCUUCCUCCAUAUCCUAGUCCAGGAGGUUCAGCUAUCCAUUCUAGACAGGCUAGUGAAGAUUUUCCACCACCACCUCCACCCUUGGACUUGUCAGCUUUAGAUGAAUGUCUUUCGAAAAUUCCUGAACCAAACAGUCUAUUGGCUCAGCUACAAAAUAAGCGGCAAGAAAUUUUAACUCAUCAAGACUCUAAAUUACCUCCGUUGCUUCCAGCUAAAUCUAGUGGAGAUACUUGGUUAAAGGAACUGCAAGCCAAACAAGCAGCUUUGAGAAUGAAGAAUAAAGAUAAAAUUGAUGAUAGUGAUGGGUUAGAUGAAGUAAAUACUCAAAGAUAUUUACCUGGAGAAGCUAAAUUGAAAUCUGUUAAAGAUUUAGCUUCAAAGUUCGAAGUUAGUAAUACUAAUUUGAAGCCCCAAGAAGUUAAGGCUAGAAUAGCUGCUGAACAAAUUGCAGAAGAAAUUCGCGAGGUGGAAAUGUUAACUUCAGCAGUAAAUAAAGUAUUUGAGAAGCCGUGUGACGACAAAUUACGUCCUCAAAAGAAGAAAAGCGUCUCGUUUUGUGAUCAAGUCACACUAGUAGCUACAGCAGAAGAACAAGAAGACGACACUUAUAUACCAAAUCCCAUAUUAGAGCGUGUUUUGAGGAGCGCAGCUAAUAAUCCUGAAACUGUAGCAGUGAAACAGGAAUUAGUAUCUUUAAGAAAUCAAACGACUUUAGAUUCUAGGGUUUCACCGAUGCCACAAAAUGAUCUUGUUAAAAGAAAUUCAAUUGAAAAUUUGAUUCAAGAUUCAAGCCAGAUGAUGUAUUACCCUUCUCCUCAAAUGCAACCUCAAUAUCCUAAUCAGCAACAAUAUGUGAGGCCUGAUGAACAAUAUUACACGUAUCAGCCUCAGUACAUGCCCCAAAAUUAUGGUUUUCAAGAGCAGCAAGUUCAUUCAAAGACAAUGGAACCAAACAAUAACCAAUCCAUUUAUGGGGAAGCCCCUUAUAGAAACUAUCAAAACGGUUAUGGUCUAAAUGAGCAGCCUACUAAUAAUCACCAACCCAUAUAUGAUUUAAGACAAUCUCCUUAUCAACCAAUACCACAAAAUUCCUCUGCUUACCAACCACAAAAUGCACCAAUACCACAAAAUUCAACUCAAUAUCAUCCAGUACCACAAAACUCAUCUCCCUAUCAACCAGUACCACAAAAUUCAUCCCCCUAUCAACCAGUACCCCAAAAUUCAACCCCCUAUCAACCAGUACCACAAAAUUCAUCACCCUACCAACCAGUACCACAAAACCAAUCUCCUUACCAACCAAUACCUCAAAAUUCCCAAAUGCAUCCUGCAUACUACUCCGCCAGAAGAAAUAUUCAGCCUCAAAACAACUACAAUAAUUACAUUCAACCGAAUAUUCGUCAAACAACCCCCAGUCCGAACCUUCAUCCCCCUUCACCUGUGCCAUCUGUUAGUUCUUGCAACAAAUAUUAUCCUGCCAUGUAUAGGAAUAGUCCUAGUACAGUAUAUCAGAGGCUGCCUCAACCUCAACCGCAAAAUUUCCCUCAAGAGGUCUAUCAAAGAGUACCUGCACCUCACGGUGAAUACUCAGCGUACCAGCAAGUACCCCAAUCGAAACAUUUACUGAAAAAAUCUGUUAGUUUCGAGCCCGGUACUAAAGGUUGCGAGUCUCCAAUACCACAACCUGUGGUAACGCCUAUCGUAGUUAAUAAUGCUCACAAUAGUAUACCUACGGACAAGACGAAAUGUAGCUUGUGUAGGAAGAAAAAUGUUGUAGCGUUAAAUUUGUAUUGUAAGGAUUGUGAAUUUUAUAUGUCUAGGUUUAAGCCGAAAACUUAGUUGAUAUUGAUUGAUUGAAAUAUAAAAUUACAAAUUUAGGUAGAUAAGUUAUUUUUUUAUUGAAUUUGAAGUAUUUUAUUGUACAAAUUGAAGUUUUAAUUAACAAAAUUGUGAUAUUUUAGUAUAGAUGCUAGGGACAUUUUAUAUUCCUGAUUACUUAUUGUUAACUGAACAAUUUGUAGUUUUAAUAAUGGUGCUGAAAUUUUUGAGUAAUCCGGAAUAUAUUGUUAAAUUUAUAAUUAGAUUUAAGCCAGAUCUCAUUCCUGAAUAUAUUUUUAAGAGAUUUUAUUGUAUAAAAUGUCUUUUAUUACUUGUAGUAUAUUUUAUAAUAAUUUAAAUUUGUCUUUAAUAAAAAACCCUUUAAUUGAUUACUGCUUAAAUGAGUUUCAUUUUCUCUGGCGAAGAACCCCUAUCCCUGAAUUUUCGCUCCUUCACAAUUGGAUCUUCCAAAUCAGGUGACUUUUGACAUAGGUACCUCUAAGGUCAGUCGAAACACCACAGAAAAAAAAAAGGAUAAAACCUGGCAACGUCGCUGACCCAACGCGGAAAUAUGCAGAUACCUACUUAUUCUCAUUUAUAUUUUCAAAUAUUUCUCGAUACAUUUGCGAAUGAGACUAUACAUUUUUAAGGAUAGGUUGGCAAAGGAAAAAAAAAAUAAGUACGCAUAAAUUGAAUUGUCACAACUCCCCCUUUCCUACGACAGGAGGAAAAGUAACAGAGGAAACUUUUCCGACUAUCAGUCAAACUUGAAAGACAAGACAGAGAUGGGGAACGUUAGAGAGAGAGAAAACCAAAUAUCAAUAAGCCUAGACAUCACAUAUGAAGUCCAAGUAAAGCUUCGUGUGAAGUAUCUGCUUACUACACCUUAAGAAAAACCACGAAGCUAAAAUAACCAUCACAGGUAAAGUGAAAGUAAAGGUAAAAAUAAGCAAAAUGCUAGAAGAGAAAAAAAAAAGAAAGAAAAGAAAGAGAAGUAAGGAAGCUUUGGCCGUCCUGUGGCGAUAUCCCCCGGAUCGUUCCUACCUAGUACCCAGUGCAGACAGAAAAAAAAAAUUUAAUACAUUUUUUUUUUUUAAUUUUAAUUUUUAUUCUGUUUGCAGAUGACAUUUGAAUUUUUUGCGUAACCAGUGUUGAAUUCUACUUUCGAAUUCCAUAGUAGAACCU